AUGGGAGGACACGCGACCGGCACCGCAGCUUAUGAUGCUGCUCUGCAGCGGCGCCAGGCGCUCAUGGGCGCCAGUGGUGCCAGAGCGCUGGUCAAGAACUGGAAGGUCGCCCGCAUCGCCGCCUUCGCAUGUAUCGGAGGUGUUUUAUAUGGCUAUAAUCAAGGAAUGUUUUCCGGAAUCUUGGCCAUGCCGUCUUUUGAGAAGCACAUGGACGGAUAUACCAAGAACCAGACCCAGAAGGGAUGGUUAACGGCCAUUCUAGAGCUUGGCGCCUGGGUUGGCGCUGUUCUAUCUGGCUUCAUCGCCGAAGUCUGUUCCCGCAAGUACGGAGUACUCAUUGCCACGGGUGUCUUCAUUCUUGGUGUGAUUGUACAGAUUACUUCCAUCUCUGGUGGCCACGAGGCCAUCCUGGGAGGACGUUUUAUAACGGGUAUGGGUGUUGGAAGCCUGUCGAUGAUUGUGCCACUGUACAACUCCGAAUGCGCACCACCGGAAGUUCGAGGCGCUCUUGUGGCUCUCCAACAACUCGCCAUCACUUUCGGUAUCAUGGUUAGCUUCUGGAUUGAGCAAGUAGCGUUCUGGCCCACUUCCAAGACUUCUAGCUAA